AUGGCCACCAAUGAGUCGUGGGUUCCCUAUCAAUUCACCACUACAAACAGCGUGUCAAGGUCCGCGGAACCAGCUUCGUCGAUUCUGGCAGCUCAACUUGCGCCGCACCUGGUGUCUCAAGGAAAUAGUGCCCAUGGUUACUUAACUAGGGAAACCUUCUCGCAGCUGCGCCAAGAGCUGGUUGAUGGGAAAUGUAGCCAACUGGGUCUAGAUGACAGCAUCGCGGAUGCUAGCAAACUGAUUUGCAUCGUGCUGCAAGCAGGCAUCGAGCCUUGUGUCAAGGGCGAUAGGUCCCGCCAGGGAGAUUUUGAAGGCCAGAUACUAGACUGCCUGGACAUCAUUCAAACAAUUCUUGAAAAGUCACCGCAAGUUUUGGGUGAAAUAUGUGACCCAACCAUCUUGGGAGAGAAUACGAGCAUAUCUCUGUAUGCGUGGCUAACAUUGCGAUUGCUAAACUUGCUCAGCUGGGAGGCGAAUAACAUAGGAAAGAGGAUAACCUCCAUAUUCUCCAGCAUCAUCCGUCCUCAUUAUAAGCAUACAACGUUAUUGCCCUUCUGCUAUUCUGCUUUAGCACUCCUCCGAGCGUGCACGAAUGAAAUCUUCCUUUCGCUCGAGAGUCAUCAUAACUUAUUGAGACAGCAUAUGUCAGAGGUUAGACUAUCGAUACCAGCAGUGAAGAGUGCAAUCUUCCUGACCCUGGACAAUCUCAAUCUUCCUCGAGCUCUUUUGAGCAAGAAGAUUACGCUCGGAACAUUUCCCCAGACAAUUACACUUGCUCUUCGACUACUGGACUCCUUUGUUCCAAAAAGAGCAUUCCAUAGUCACACGAGCAUCAAAGAUCCUACCCUUCACCAAGACCUGGCUUGGAUCCUCAAUGGAAUUGAACGUCUAUGGAGAAUUACCCAUAGAUGGGCGCGCACCUCAAUGGAUGAUAUUGAAAUCAAGUCACGCAUUUGUAUGCAAUUUACGUCCAGUCUACAUAUCUAUCGCUCCCUUGAACCUGAUAUUUCUGGUCUCUUAUCGCCACAAUCGGGUCUGGCACGUCCCUGGGUUCAGAUCUGUAACGAUUUAGUCACAUUGAGCCUGAUUCAGAUGCCUCAUCUUCAGGCGGAAUUAGGCCGGCUUCUUGACGAGUUGAUCGACGCGUCUCAACCUCGUUUAGAAGUAGUAACUCAAUUCAGAGCCGCUCUUUUACCAACAAUGAUCGACUUCAAGAGUAAGGGCACCAUUCAGUCGUUUGAGCCGGGUUUUCAGGCUGUGUUGCAAAUAUUGAUGGGACCCAUGUCUGGAGCUGAAAGUAGGAGUCUCGUCAAUUUACAAGAACCAAAUACUGCUGGCCAAACGGGCCAACAAGAUGAAAUGCUUCAACAUGGUACAACCCAUGACAUUCCACGGCCGCAAGAAGGCUCCGCCCGCCUUGACACAGCACAUAAACUUAUUAGCAAGAUUUUUGAGCUACUGGGCUGCGGGGAACCCGUAAAUGUUGAAUGCCUCAGUCAUGCUAUUUCGGAGUCGUUCGUGGAUCUCCCCGAUCAAAAAAAGUCCGACCUUUUGUAUAUGCUUGGCAGGGUCGCAUGUGCGAUGGCUGGGAGCCUUUCAAGCCCAAGUAAGGCUGCUCCGGAAAUCUCACUAUCUUGCAGUGUGUGUGAAACUGAGAAAAGAGCGCUUGGUCCUGAGCCCGCUUCGAAGCCGCGUGACGUUCAUGAGCUAUGCGAGAUCUUCACCUUCAUUCUACCUAGACUUACACGAGCUUCCAGUCUCAGAGUAACAGCAAUGGACGCGUUGCGAAGGCUAUUGGUCCACGCUCCUCCUGAGUCUUGCUACCUGCAGCUGAAAUCCUCUGUCUUCGGCGACUUCUGUCUGCACUCACUUCGAAGUUCGAUUAGAGAGCUGAGAAUAGUCACUGGGCGUCUGGUGAUCUCUUUUGUUCGAAAAGAUAUCAACGCUGAUACUCGUCGAAGUAACUUUGUCGUCAUACUAGAAUGGCUGCGGAGCCUCUCUGAGAAGCAAGAACUCCCGUUACAUGAGACUUGCAUUUUGACCUUGUGCCAUAUUGCAGAGGUUUCCGACGACGAAGAGAUGAACAUCAUUCUUCUUCGUCUACUGGAGUACUUGGGCCAUCCAAAUCCAUUCAUUUGCGCAGUAGCGUACGCUGAGCUUUCUAAACUUGCUCAGCGUCUCUCUGUGACUCCUGCUGGUUUGUUCCGGCCUUUCUGGAGGACAUUGUCGAUAACGGUGGUGAAGAAUUUUCAGUCCCGUCCACACAUGGCUGAGCAACUCUGUGAUCUGCUGGGAAUGAAUGUAGAUGAUUUUUUAAGAUUAACUGAGGUUCACAUCCUGCCAUAUCUUGUUCUCACUCGAAAACGAGACGUCAUCACGAGGGUUGGUGCAGCCUACAAGCAUAUCAAAACACCUUUCGACAUUUGCUCCGAGAAGAACAACCUUGCAGCGAUUCUUGCUUUUUUGAUGAGUCAACCGUGGUCGGACCCGGAAGGUAUGAUCAUGUCCGUUCUAUCCGAUAUUGACUCCGCUUUCGGCGGACGCACUUUGGCGGAGCUGGCCUUGGUGAUUCGGGAAGUGAGAAAGGCGCACGGGCAUUUUCAUCGAGCUCUCCAUUUGUUGGCAGCCUUAGUUCCCCGCAAAUCUACUGCUACAUCAAAGAAAGCUAAUUUGCUUUGCCAUUUCAUUGAGGAGCAUGUUCUGGGUAUAAUCACGCAGUUCGCGCACGCAAUCAACGACUUUCAAAUAAGACAGCCUUUGAUUGAAAAGAGGCGAAAUAUCUUGGCCAUUGGUGAGAUGAUCAAAGUUGCCCGUGGCCAUAUCAGCAGCGCAUUACCACAGAUAUGUGCGUGCCUGCGUUCCGCACUUAGCAUCGAAGAGCUCAGUGAUCAUGCCUUUUCGGCCUGGAGCGUGUUGGUCAGCUCUCUGCACGAAGAAGAGCUCGAGCCACUCAUUGAUCAAACAUUCUCAAUUGUUAUCAGAUACUGGGAUGCUUUUAACUAUCAAAGCAAGAAGACUGCCGAGGAACUGAUCGGUUAUAUUCUCAGAAGCCACAGUGGACUAGUACACACUAAUUUCAGCACCAUCCCCUCAUUGGCUUCAAUUCCAGCAUUAUCUGCGCUUGAAAGUGAGAUCAGUAAGAUGAAAGAGAAGAUGGAUGUUCGAAGUCAACUUUCGGCUUUUGGACGUCGCUGCCAAAGUGAGAAUGCCGCUGUUGUUGAACAGGCAUUGAGAGAGCUGUUGCCCUGUCUUUCAAGGCAUGAAGAAUUCUUGCAUGAGUCCGUACUAAGUGAACAGCCUGACCCAGUUGUUGCACAAUUAACAAGGUCCUUGCUGGAUUGCUGCGUCAAGUUCAACGCGGGUUCCGACAGCAUAACACUUCUUUCGGCUCAAUGUCUGGGCCUUGUAGGCUGUCUGGAUCCAAAUCGAGUUGAUCCGGUCAAGGAUAAAAAGGAUAUUCUCGUUUUAUCAAACUUCGACAGAAUGGAAGAGACCUUUGAUUUUGUACUUUUUUUCCUUCAACAUGUGCUGGUUCAAGCCUUCUUGUCGGCCUCCAAUACGAGGGCCCAAGGUUUUCUUGCCUACGCUAUGCAGAACCUGCUCAGACUCUGCAACCUCGAUUCGGCCGUCACCCAGCGCUCCCGAGAUGUUCAAGCGGAUGAAAAGUACCGUCGUUGGUCGGAAUUACCUGAGACUGUGCGCAAUACUUUGACCCCUUUUCUCACGUCUAAGUACACGGUCACAGUCGGUGCCAUAAGAUCGCGUUGCAAGUUCCCGAUAUUUUCCACAGAGCUGACGCAUGGCGAUUGGUUGCGAAGUUUUGUGCAGGAUCUGCUGCAAAGAGGAAGCGGUGACAACGCACAGCUUAUUUUUAGCGUUUGCAGUCGUAUUGUCAAGGGUCAAGAUAUUUCAAUCGCCAGCUUUCUCCUACCAUUCGCCGUACUAAAUCGUAUAGUUGGUGGAACCCAGGAGGAGAGGCUAGACCUGCAAAGUGAGCUCACAACCAUACUCUCCCAUCCGCUUCCUGAAGCAAGUAAUCGGGUUCACGAAGCCAUCAUACUAUGCAGACAGAGCGUCUUUGAAAUUUUGGACUACCUUUCAAGGUGGCUACAGGGGAAAAAGAAGCUCCUCCACGGCCUCAAGAAUCAUGCAUCUCAUACUGGCCGUUCUCAUAAGGAUUCUCAUCAAGAUUCAUUAUCCGAAACGUAUUCGUCUCAGGUCAAAGCUGUGGAAACCUUCUUGGGCUCAAUACCCCCAGAAGUCAUUUCGAAAAGAGCUGUCGAAUGCAAAUCAUUUUCCAGGGCCUUAUUCCAUUGGGAACAGUAUAUCCGCCGGUUCAAGAGUCAAUCCGAUAAGAAUGACCACACAAGCACUGAGCUUCUCUACCAACAUCUCCAAGUGAUUUACAGUCAAAUUGACGAGCCCGAUGGUAUUGAGGGCAUUUCAUCUCAUUUGCAUGUGCUGAAUAUUGACCAACAGGUCCUCCAACACCGCAAGGCGGGCAGAUGGGUUACUGCGCAAAGUUGGUACGAACUGCAAGUCGAAAAAGAACCCGACAACAUUGAUGCGCAGUGGAAUCUUCUUACGUGUCUUCGAGAGUCAGGGCAACAAGAUGCCAUUAUUGCUAGAGUUGAUACGCUCAACUCAGCUGGCUCAACGUCGAGAUUUCUUCCCUUUGCUGUGGAAGCGUCUUGGAUCACAGGAAAUUGGGAUAAGCUUCGCAGUUACCUCCAAAUGCGCUCACCGGAAAAUACAGGAGACUUCAAUAUCGGGGUCGGAUCGGCUCUUUGUGCGCUUCGACUUGGAAACAAGACUGAAUUCCGUAACAUCAUUCAUGAUCUGCAGCUCAGUGUCGCCAAAUCGCUGACUGUAAACUCGGUUACUUCCCUACAAUCUUGCCAUGACAGCAUCCUCAAGCUGCAUGCCUUGACUGAAAUGGAACUUAUUUCCGAUUGUGAGGGCACCGAAAAUAGCUCGCUCACUAGCAUACAUGAUGUACUAAAUCGGCGACUUGACGUCCUUGGGGGAUACAUAGCUGACAAGCAGUACCUGCUUGGAUUGAGAAGGGCCACAAUGGAAUUGACGCAUGGUUUCAUGGAGUCAGAUAUCGCCGGUUCCUGGCUUACUAGUGCACGUCUGUCGCGAAAGGGUAAUUACACCAAUCAGGCCUAUCACUCAAUGCUUCGUGCAGCUCGCUUGAAAGAUAGGUCAGCUACUAUUGAGCACGCCCGUCUACUUUGGAAAGAUGGUCAUCAUCGAAAAGCCAUACAAACGUUAGAGGGUGCAAUAGCUGCAAAUGAAUUCGCCUCAGACACAUCCUCAUCCGGUGGGUUGAAAAAUGAAAAGCAACAGAACUUGAUUGCUGCUAGGGCCCAUCUCUUGCUAGCGAAAUGGACAGACCGAGCGGGACAGACCCAAUCCGAUGUGAUCGUACAGAGGUACCGAGAAGCGAUCAAACUUCACUCAAGGUGGGAAAAGGCGCAUUACUACCUGGGCAAACACUACGACAAGAUCUUGGAGUCUGAGAAGGCCAAACCCUUAGGGAAAGAGGCCCAGAUAUACUUAAGCGGUGAAGCCUCAAAACUUGUCAUUGAUAACUACCUUCGUUCGUUGGCGCACGGGAACAAAUACGUUUUCCAGUCACUGCCCAGAAUUUUGACUCUUUGGUUAGAGCAUGCUGCCACAGUUGAUAAACCUUUCGACCCUAAAAGGGGCGAUAAUGAAGAGUUCCAGACGCACACAUUGAAUCAACGGAAAAAAACUCUUGAUGAUAUGCAUUCACAGCUUAAAAAAUAUCUAAACCGAAUGCCCGCGGCGCUGGUCAUGGUCGCUCGGAUAUGCCAUCCCCAUGCCACGGUUUACGAGCUUUUAACCAGGAUUGUGGCGAAAGUAGCCAAUGCUUUUCCUCAGCAAGGACUCUGGACAGUCCUUGCAGUUGUCAAGUCCUCCUCGAAGGAUCGAGCUUCUAGAGGCAUCAAUUGUCUUCAUAAAAUCACUGAGGCAAACAAAAAGUCCAGAACAGAAUUUCCUUUAGACAUGCGAGGAAUGAUCAAUCAAGGACAGAAAUUCACAGAGGAGAUGCUCAAACUAUGCACAGCACGAGUUGAGGAGAAGGCGUCAAGGAUUCAUCUUGCCCGACAUCUUGGGUUCAGCCACAAAGUUGCCCCUUGUCGACUUGUUGUUCCUUUCCAGGCUAUGUUGACUCCAAGUCUUCCGGCCAGCCAUGAGACCGAAUAUUUGAAGGGAUUCAGGGCUUUCCCCAGAGACCCCACGACCAUCGACGCCGUACUUGACGAUGCACAAGUUCUGAGCUCACUGCAGAAGCCCCGAAAAAUCAGCAUUCGAGGCUCCGAUGGGAAAAUAUACAACGUCCUCUGCAAACCUAAGGAUGAUCUCCGCAAGGACCAGCGUCUUAUGGAAUUCAAUAACACGAUCAAUCGCUUUCUAAAAAAAGAUGUGGAGUCCAGCAAACGGCGCAUGUAUAUCAAAACUUACGCCGUUACCCCUCUUAAUGAGGAAUGUGGUCUAAUUGAGUGGGUUGACAAUCUGAGAACAUUGAGAGAGAUCAUUAUCAAGCUCCUCAAAGAGAGAGGUAUCAUGCCGAAUUACAACGAAAUCAGACACUAUCUUAACGAAGCAUGCUCAGAGGCCUCAAAACUUCACUUGUUCACAACAAAAGUUUUGAUGAAAUUCCCUCCAGUUUUGCACGAAUGGUUUGUAGAAAUGUUUCCAGAGACGGGGGCAUGGUUUGCAGCACGGCUCCGUUAUACCAGGUCCUGUGCAGUUAUGUCAAUGGUCGGAUACGUCCUGGGACUGGGAGACCGGCAUGGCGAAAAUAUCCUGUUUGAGGAAGGCACAGGUGGUGUUAUACAUGUUGAUUUCAAUUGCCUUUUUGAUAAGGGCUUAACAUUCGAAAAACCUGAGUUGGUCCCAUUCCGUCUCACCCAAAACAUGAUCGAUGCUUUCGGGGCCUAUGGGUAUAAUGGUUUGUUUCCCAAGUCUCUCAAAGAUGAAGCAUUUGCUCAACUCUUGUUCACAGGACCGUUCAGAAGGACAUGUGAAAUCAGCCUUCGCCUUCUGCGACAGAACGAGGAUGCACUUAUGACCGUGCUGGAGACUUUCUUGCAUGAUCCAACCACAGAUUUCAUUGGAAAGAAGCGUCGCACCCAUGCAAAUGUUCCAGAGACCCCCGCUGGGGUGCUCGAGAAUGUUCGCAAUAAACUCCGAGGCCUUUUGCCCGGAGAGUCAGUUCCUUUAUCAGUGGAUGGCCAUGUUGAUGAACUAAUCACACAAGCAACGGACAAGAGAAAUCUAGCGGCCAUGUAUAUCGGCUGGUGUGCUUUUUUCUGA